AUGGAUGAGAGGAUUAUAGAGGCUGCACAAACAGGAGAUAUUAACCUCUUGUAUGAGUUAAUUGCGACUGAUCCAUAUGUUUUACAGCGUAUUGAUAAUGUGCCUUUUUUUCAUACUCCAUUGCAUGUAGCAGCCUCUGCUGGGAAUAUUGAGUUUAUGAUGGAGAUGAUGAAAUUAAAGCCAUCGUUUGAUAAAGGCCUUGUUCGUGUCAAAGGCAGGGAGGACCUCACUCCUCUGCACCAUGUGGUUCAAACUGGAAAUGUUGAUCUUUUGAUCAAGUUACUUAAGGUUUGUCCUGAGGCUAUUGAAGAUGUGACUGUUAGGGAUGAGACGGUAUUCCAUCUUGCAGUGAAAAACGACAUGUUUGAAGCUUUCCAAGUCAUGGUGGGGUGGCUUAGGAGAAGCUCCCAUGAGUCUGCCGACCGUUGGGAGGAAAAACUACUGAGUUGGGCAGACAUUGAUGGCAACACAGUGCUACACAUUGCAGCUAUCAGAAACAGACCUCGGAUGGUAGAAGUAUUGCUGGAACACAUGCGCCGAGACCAAAUCAAUGCCAAAAAUUUGGAGGGAUUGACAGCACUAGAUAUCCAAUCACAAUACCCAUGGAAUGAAAGGCAAGCAGAUAGGAUUAUAGGUGCUCCUUUAUUUCGCCAGAGACAUUAUGUCUGGAUAUACUUUUGUGUAAGCCGAAUCGUCUCCUGAAAGUAGUGAUGAGAGUGGAGGAAGGUCUAUUUUGUGAUAUAUGUUGUAAUGAUAAAAGAAGUGUGAAUUUGUUUGUGAAGUAGUGGUUUAAAGAAAAAGAUAACCGGCUCUGCUUUUAUUGUAUACAUGGGAAUGUGUUACUUAUGUAACAAAUGAUUGACUAUUCUUUUGAGUAGAAUGUUUAGAUGUUAGUCUUGUUAUA